CAUUUUCACAUCCUGGAACGCGGCAUUUCCACCGUUUGUCUCUCUGUCGGGCCUGUCCCUUUAACAACACUCGGUUGUUCCCGGAGAAAGUCGGCGCAGUUCGUCAUCGACCUCUUUCACUGCGGCUUCAUCGCCAAGCGGACUAACCCGCUGCUCUCAUCCGAUCCCUCAGCGCGGACUGUCGGAUCCCUGAACUGUCCAGCCCCGGUUCCCGGAAAGCGUCCAGCUCCUGUCCAAAUGCAAGCGAUCAAAUGUGUGGUGGUCGGCGACGGGGCUGUGGGAAAGACCUGUCUGCUGAUCAGCUACACCACCAACGCCUUUCCUGGUGAAUACAUCCCCACUGUCUUCGACAACUACUCUGCCAAUGUAAUGGUGGAUGGGAAGCCAGUGAACCUGGGCCUCUGGGACACGGCAGGACAGGAGGACUAUGAUAGAUUAAGACCAUUGUCUUACCCACAGACGGAUGUGUUCUUGAUAUGCUUCUCCCUGGUCAGUCCGGCCUCCUUUGAGAACGUCCGAGCUAAGUGGUACCCAGAGGUGAGACACCACUGCCCCAACACACCCAUCAUCUUGGUGGGGACGAAGUUGGACCUUCGAGAUGACAAGGACACCAUCGAAAGGCUGCGGGACAAGAAGCUGUCUCCCAUUACCUAUCCUCAGGGUCUGGCUAUGGCAAGGGAGAUCGGUGAGAACAGCGCAGACAGAACACAUUUGUUAGCACUCAUUUAUGAGUAAUGCUGCUAGAAUGGAGAAUAUGAACUCCAAGUGAAGGAUGGGUAAUUUAGGUAGUUUACUAUGCAGGGUUUGCGUUUCUUUAGAUAUGAUGUAGUGGCCACUGUGGUGGUUUGAUCUUUAAGGGACAGUAUUAUGGAAAGUUGACUCUUUUUAGCUGUAGUGCUAUUUCCUCAUUAAAAAAAUACCUGGAGUGUUGCUUUGAUUCUUUCAUACGUGUUUGGGAAAAAUCCUUCAAUCCCCAUGGCAACCAUUCAGCUGCGCAAAACACUUCGAUGGACCUAGCUCUGCCUCUGAUGUGCAGCUCCUCCUUGGAGUCACAGUUUCCAGGCUUCAGUCUCACAGAGCAGCCCUCCACAUCACUCCCCACUCAGCUCCUUCAG